GCGACAGGGAGAAGCGACACCGGCGCGUGACAAACUGCGAGGCACAGAAGAUCCCGCAGCAUUUUGCUCCUAUCCGACCACCGCACCUCGCGGGUGCCACAAUCGAGCCGCAAAAGUUUCCCGACGGAAGCAAGCUGGUGCUGUCGGCCGACUGCGGUGGCACGACUACCAGACUCAUGUUGUAUGCCGUGGACUGGAGCGAGCCCGUACCACCAAAGCAGAAGGCCCCAGGCACGUUGAUUCGGGAAGAGAAGUACCCCAACAUUGCCUUCAAGUCGCUCACG